AUGCCGACAAGCCCUGCGACUAGUUCCCAACAUGUAGACACCGUUGCCCCAAGUGAGAAGUCAAAGUCAUCACGCUCGUCGUCCACAAUUAAGGCUCAAAGGGCCGCCAUAGAGGCCCUCGCUCUGCGCCGACGUCUCGAGCACGAACAGGAGCUCGCUGAACACGAGAGGCAACGUGAAAGUCGACUGGCAGCACUCCGUCGGCAGGUGGAGGAGGGCGAACUGCAGGCCGAACUUGCCGCUCUCGAUGCGGAAGCCGCUUCAAGUCGCAGCAGUCGCAGUGGUUCGGCCAGGAUCAGCGGAGAAAGAACAGAAAGAUGGGUACAAAGUUUAGGACAGCCAGUUUGCGUUGGCGAAGAUACAGUUAUUAGAGGCAUCCCCGCAGUAGGGCGCGAGCAAGUAAUAGUUCCGCCUCCCGGCCACCAGGCACCUCUGCCGGCCACUGGGUCAACUGCAUCCCCUUUUAACAGUUUUUUUCACCAGAAGCAACUCUCGAACGUCAAUAGGCCGUCCGAGGCGGCCAUGCUAUGCGUUGGCGAAGAUACAGUUAAUAGAGGCAUUCCCGUAGUAGGGCGCGAGCAAGUAAUGGUUCCGCCUCCCGGCCACCAGGCACCUCUGCCGGCCACUGGGUCAACUGAAUCCCCUAUUAACCGUUUUGUUCUUCAGAAGCAAUUUUCAAACGUCACAAAAGCGUCCGAGGCGGCCGUGUUAACGCGACCGCUCAUAUCCACGGAGGUUGAUCAGAGUAGCCUGCUUCAAGCUGUUGCUGACACUGCAGCUGCGGCCAAGGCGCUUGCUACUUCGCACCAUAUUGAAAAUAUUAGUAGGUUACAAAAUGCUCUUCGCGGCGCGGCCCGAGAUGCAGUUGGGUCACUGUUGCUGGCUACAGAGGACCCAAACGAUAUAAUUAGAGCUCUGGAGGAGAACUUCGCUCGCCCGGAAAUUAUAGUAUUUAAGGAAGUCUCCGCUCUAAAAAAUCUACCACGUUUGGGAAAUGACUUGAAAGAGUUAAUUACGAUAACGAAUAAGGUACGUAAUUCUAUAUCUUCUUUUAAAAUACUGGAACAAGUUGAGUACUUGCACUCUCCAGAACUAUUUCACGCCGUCUUAGGAAAAUUAAACCCGGUUACUAAAGUAAGAUGGACGGACUUCGCUAUGCAAGAUACUACAGGGCGUCCUAAAUUGGAGAUUAUGUCUGAUUUUUUGAGGCGCGAGUUAGAUCAACUUAUUCGGUUCGGUUUAUCACCGGAAUCUUGCUCAAUCCAACAUUCACCACAAAACUCUCAAGUAAACAAACCGUAUAAACGGGAAAACAUUCACAUAGUUACACACUCUAAACCUAAUUCUAAGGUGGUGUCUACUCAAAAGCCUGAAUGCGCGUUUUGCAAAAAAGAUCACAAUAUUAAGUCAUGUUCCGAGUUCAAAGCCUUAUCUGUUGAUGAAAGGUGGAUAUGGCUGCGUGAGGUAAAAGCGUGUUAUAGAUGUCUUAAGCGUUAUUCACAUCAAUGGAAAACAUGUAAAGUUAACCCUUGUGGUGUCGAUGGGUGUUUAUUACGUCAUCAUCCGUUACUGCAUGGUAAACAACCCGCUUCUUCUAUCAAUACUGCGUUCGACACGCAAUCCGCCGAAAAUGAUCAUUCGACUACGCAGCACGAGCCUACAUCUGUCGAAAAGGUAAUAAUUUCUACCACGUCUACAGGUGUUCAAGAACCCAGCUCUAUCUUAACUAUGUGCCCACGUGUAUUUCUGAAAAUCUUACCUGUUACUGUCUCUGGUCCCUCAGGAAGUUGCAAUGUUUACGCACUUCUCGACGACGGUAGCACUGCUACGCUCAUCGACUCAAGUAUUGCUGCUCAAAUAGGUGCGACAGGGCCUCACCAGAAAAUAACGGUCAAUAGUAUCGGUGGUCUUAGUAGAAACGCUACGAUAUCGUAUGUAGAUUUUCACAUUAAGGGUAGGCACACACGAGACACAUUUUUAGUGAAAAAUGCGAGAGCUAUGGAGUCUUUAUCUCUGCGUCCUCAAACAAUUAGGCAGGAAACUAUUGCUUCUUUCGCACAUUUAGCAGAUUUACCUUGCAACGUAACUUACGAAGAUGCUACUCCAUCAGUUUUAAUUGGGGCAGAGCAUUGGCAUUUGUCCAUCAGCAGCGAGGUAAGGUGUGGUGGUAAGAAUGAACCCGUUGCCUGUUUAACUGCCUUAGGCUGGGUGCUUUAUGGAAUCGCGAGCAGUAAAACUAAAUUAGUGGAGUUUGUUAACCACGGUGUGUGUAUCGAACCUUCCGAUGACGAGAAAUUAGACUCUCUUAUUAGGGAACAAUACAAAAUUGAUUCAUUAGGUAUUUCUAAAAAAGAAACUCUACAUUCUAAGGCAGAUAAACGUGCAGUCGAGAUCUUAGAAAAGACUGCUAGACGUCUCCCCACUUCUGGUCGAUUUGAGGUUGGUAUGCCGUGGCGUGACGAUAUACAGCGCAUUCCCGACAGCUACCCUCAAGCCAUGUCACGAUUUUUAAGUCUAGAAAGGCGCAUGGCUAAAGACGCUGACUUUGCAAAAGCAUAUGACGUGUUCAUUUCAAACAUGAUAGCGAAAGGUUAUGCAGAAGAAUGUGCUCCUGAGUCAUACUACGCCAACCACAUUAAAGAUAAACAAUCUUCUUUUAUGAGGCUAUAUUUACCCCAUUUUGGCGUGUACCACCCUCAGAAACGUAAGCUUCGUGUAGUUCACGACGCCGCAGCCACGAAUGAAGGCGUCAGCCUAAACUCUUUGUUGUUACCUGGCCCAGACCUGCUUCAGCCUUUGUUAGGUAUUUUAUUUCGGUUUCGCGAGGGUCGUAUUGCUCUCACUGCUGAUAUCCGGGAAAUGUUCCCUCAAGUAAGGAUCAGGGAGCAAGAUAGGGACGCUCUCCGGUAUCUCUGGAGGUCAAGCAGAGACCAACCAAUAAAGGAGUUUAGGAUGACAGCCGUCAUUUUCGGUGCGUGCUGCAGUCCAUUUAUAGCACAAUUUAUUAAAAAUAAAAACGCUUGUGAGCACGAAAGUUUAUUUCCUAAGGCAGCUCAUGCUAUUUUGUAUAAUCAUUAUAUGGACGAUUAUAUUGACUCUCUCGAUGACGUUCAAGAGGCAGCACAACUGGCGGCAGAUAUUGUUACCGUACACAGCGAUGCCUGCUUCGAAAUACGGGGCUGGAUUUCCAACGACCCAUCAGCGCUGAAAUUUAUUCCUGCUGAUCUUAGGGCCACUCAACCGUCGUCGGAAAUCAAUGUUGGCAGCUGCUCUGCAAAUAAUAUUAGAGCAUUAGGAGUAUUGUGGAAUCCCACAACAGAUAAUUUAGGGUUCCGUUCAGGGUUAGGUGAAACAUUUCCGAACCCUCUCACAAAACGCAAAGUUCUUUGUCACCUCAUGCGUGUGUACGACCCGUUAGGCUUAUUAGCUCCAAUAGUUGUAAAGGGUCGAAUUUUAUUCCAACAAACGUGGAGGUCUAAUGUCGACUGGGACACCGAGUUCCAACCCACGGAAGCAUUAAGGUGGUCUGAUUGGUUUCAGGAGUUGUCAAAAGUUACUUCUUUGGAAAUUCCACGUUGGUAUUCUAACUCUAAAAACUUUGAACCAACUCAAAGGGAGUUACACGUUUUUGCUGAUGCAAGUGAGCUCGCUUACGCAUGUGUCGCUUAUUGGCGUCUUUUGUACUCAGACGGCAGCAUCGAGCUUUCUCUCAUCUCUAGUAAGGCAAGAGUUACACCCUUGAAACCUACCUCUAUCCCACGUUUAGAGCUCCAGGCCGCUUUAAUAGCUUCUCGUCUCGCGGUCACCAUUAAGGACAGUCAUAGAAAACAACCGGCACAUACCUUCUGUAAUAAAACUCCAUGUUGA